AGUAAACAAAUUCAAUUAGUGAUUAUUAAAAUAUAAAAUCAUUUAGAAUGUUCUUUAUUUAUCGUUCAAAAUAGCAUUUAUUUUUACAUGGAAAUACAAUUUUUUCUAGUUUUAGUAUUUUUAGUUAGUUCUGUUAAAAAUUUCGAUCUAUUCAAGCUGUUUUCUCGUCAGAAUGGUUCACAAUGGCGAAACUACAGUACUGUGUACAGCUAUUUUGGUGAAAGUGAACGGCUGAGAUUACGAGAUGACGCAAAGGAAAUGUUUUAUUUUGGCUAUGAUAACUACAUAAAGUAUGCUUAUCCUUUGGAUGAACUAGAUCCAAUACAUUGCACAGGACGAGGGCCAGAUUAUGACAACCCAUCAAAUAUAAAUAUUAAUGAUGUUCUGGGGGAUUACUCUUUAUCUCUGGUUGAAUCACUUGGAACAUUGGCAGUGAUGGGUAAUAGUAGUGAAUUCAAAAGAGCUGUGAGAUUAGUCAUAGACAAUGUCUCCUUUGAAAAGAAUAAUACUGUUCAAGUUUUUGAAGCUACAAUAAGAGUCCUAGGUGGUCUGCUUGCUGCUCAUUUAAUAAUCCGUGACACAAGCCAGCCAUUUGGAGACAUGCUUCCUAAGGAUUAUAAUGAUGAACUAUUAUUAAUGGCUCAUGAUUUGGGCAACAGAUUACUAAGUGCUUUUGAUAAUACAUCAUUAGGAAUUCCUUUUCCUAGGGUGAAUUUAAAAUCUGGUGUGCCAGCAUCGUCAUCAAGGACAACCUGUACAGCUGGUGUCGCUACUCUUCUCUUAGAAUUUGGGACACUGAGCAGACUCCUGGGAGAUCCAACAUAUGAGAUUACUGCAAAAAAUGCGCUGGAAGCAUUAUGGAAAUUUAGGUCAAAAACGACUGGUCUUUUAGGCAACAUUAUCGACAUAGUUUCUGGUGAAUGGAUCUCUGGUAUGAGUGGGAUUGGUGCAGGCAUGGAUUCACUUUAUGAAUAUCUAUUGAAGGGUUACAUUCUUUUUGGUGACCCAAACGAUUUACGAAAAUUUAACGAGUUGUACCGAAGUGUGAAGACAUAUAUGAGAAGAGGACGCAAAUUUUGUAAUUCUGGUAAUGGCGAUGUUCCUAUAUAUGUUAAUGUAAAUAUGGACGAUGGAAAAAUAUUAAACACUUGGGUGGACUCGCUCUCCGCUUCAUUUGCAGCCGUUCAGGUUUUAAACGGUGAUGUUGAUGAUGCCAUUUGCACGCAUGCUCUAUAUUACGCUAUUUGGAAACGUUAUGAUGCGUUACCGGAGAGAUUUGAUUGGAAUUCACGUGUCUCUCACGUGCAUUUCUAUCCGUUACGUCCCGAGUUAGUGGAGUCUACGUAUUUACUUUACCAAGCGACCCAACAUCCUUUCUAUCUUCACGUAGGCAAGGAUAUCAUGCAUGAUUUGCAGACACAUGCUAAAGCAAGGUGUGGUUACGCAACUCUGCACAAUGUUAUGGAUAAAUCACAAGAAGAUAGAAUGGAAAGUUAUUUCUUGUCGGAAACUUCAAAAUAUCUUUAUCUAUUGUUUGACCGAGACAACCCGGUAAACAAGCAAGCUUCAAAAUAUAUUUUCACAACCGAAGGACAUUUUUUCAAGUUGGAUAAAUCAAUGUGGAAUGUAGAUUCAGAAUUUUACGAUAUGACCGGAGGUUAUCGAUAUGACGUCACUGAAGUAUCGAGAUCCAAUGUUAGUGAUUGGGGGUGUGAAGUCGUGUCCGAUCACAAAAAACGUCCUCUACCGUUGGAACUACGUUAUCUUCAACAAGUUGAAAGUUUAGUUGGCGUGAGGAACUAGGGAAACACUAUAACACUAGCUCUACUGAUUUUGAGGUUAUACAUGAUGAAGUAAUGAAGGUGUAAAACGGGUUAGGAGUCAACCAAAUUUUGGUAACAAUUGAUUUCUUGUUGAAAUCUAAUAUUUUAUAGACCUAUCAAAAAAUAAACGAAAUCGAAAACAUUGUUUCGUGUCCCAAUGUGUACCUUUAUUUGCGUUAUCUUCUUAACUUACAGCUCCCCCCUACAGACUGUAGGUUACUGCAUAUCUUGAAGUAUAUUACCGUAUUGUAUAAUGCGAGGUACACUCAUAUACUGAUCUUGAAGUAUAUUACUGGACUACCUAUUGUAUAAUGCGAGGUACACUCAUAUACUGAUCUUGAAGUAUAUUACUGGACUACCGUAUUGUAUAAUGCGAGGUACACUCAUAUACUGUACAUCACUGUUAAUUGUACUACCGGGUACGAGAUAGUGCAGUUCACUCACUAUACGCUGUAAAAGAACAAUUGAAAAAACGUGCAAAACCUCAAAUGGGUAGCAUUAUUUAUCAUGCAUUAUUUAUCAUAUGAUAAUAUACAGUUAUGUGCAAAUAUGACCUGAAAUAUAUUGGUAAUAUAGCGUUAAAAUAAUUUUUAACUGCAUAUUUCUUUGUUCUAC